GCUGUGGCUCGAGUAUACAUAUAUAUAUAUAUAGUCACUGGUUUUACCUUCAUAGCGCUCUUCGACGGCACUUGCAGCCUUUGGGAGCACUCUGGUCGUCAGCCCCACAAGCUUCUCUGACAGGCGAAUUCAAAAUGCCAAAGCAAAUACAUGAGAUCAAGGAUUUCCUUCUCACUGCAAGAAGGAAGGAUGCUCGGUCUGUCAAAAUCAAGAGGAGCAGGGAUGUGGUGAAGUUUAAAGUUCGCUGCUCCAAGUACCUUUACACUCUAUGUGUGUUUGACUCAGAGAAGGCUGAGAAGUUGAAGCAGUCCCUUCCUCCAGGUUUGAGCGUGCAGGAUCUUUGAAGGAAUGCUAGUUCUUUUGCGAGUUCCCAUUAGAAGCCGAAACAUUUUUGUUCUUUCUGCUUUGGAUUGUCACCUUAAUGUCAUUUCUUCAGCCAUAGGCGGCAUAGAACCUUGUAGUUUGGCUCAAAUUAUAGAUGGAUCUGGUGUGGUCAGUUAUGUAUUAAUUUAAUGAAUGACUUCAAUUGUACGGGGGGAUCUUUUCUAUGAUCGGUCCUGUGAAACAUGAAAAUUGGUUUGAGGCAUUUUCUUCAUGUUGCGAUUGAAGUUAGCUAUUACAGAUUCCCUUGGGUUAAAUGCA